AUGCAGGCACACGCCGUUAAACACGAUCUCCCAUCGUUGGCGGUCACGACAAAAUUCCGUGAAUGGCAAAGUUCAUCCGGCGUUCCAGAGUCCGUUGAGGGGUUUCCACUCAUGGCCACUGUGCAAGUGCAGAUGCAGCAAAUUACAGUGAGCACUCCGAACAGUCGCCUGCUUGACCUUCCGGGUGAACUUCGAAACAAGAUUUACAGCUUUUGCAUCGAGCCAGGUCCUGUCCCACUGCGUCUCCGUCACGAAGACAAGGUCAAACCGGUGGGCAAAUACCGCUGCUUUGCGCAGACAUGCCGGCAAAUUCGCCAUGAAUUCCACCUUACCUACAUGGAGCAAACAACAUUUCGACUAGAAUCCACUUACCACUACGCUCGGUACAUCCGCGAUUUUUACCCACUUACUGACGAAGAUACUAUGAUGCGUUAUCGCGGAAGCAUCAUCAGUCUUGUCCACCAUAGCCGCGAUAAGACCGAAGGCGUGAACGAGUUCUAUGAUGCCGACAUUGCUCGUGUAGUCCAGCUCGUCGCUCGCUCGCCUAAUGUGCGGUUCACCUUCGAAUUACAUGAGCGUAUGCGGAGGUCGAGCGCGCAGAGUGCCGUUGCACAAGUGAACAGCAUGCUGGCGUUGUUCGCUGACCCGUCUGACACGAAGUGGCGCAAUAUGGCUAAGGCGAUCAAAGAAAUCCGACUCAGAGUCCAGAAUCACGACUCAAUACUGAGAAUCCUCAUGGAUGAGGAAAUGGCUAGGAAGUGGAAGAGUACGGUGUUCAGGAUAUGGGACGAUGCAACUGAGCCCGCGCGGGGUAUACGAUUAGGCUUCUUGGUCUACCACUCAGCGUCGCAUAUCGGAUUCGAGAGAAGAAUGCUUCGUGUCACAGAGCGUUUGUAUCGUGUAGUUUUUAUCGCCUGUGACGUUUCUCUUGCCUUGUUCACAUGCCUUCGUCUUUGUCCAAACAGCGAUCGCUCCACGCGCUCCAAAGUCUUCUCCUUCUUCGUUCUCUUCUCAUUUCAAGAAGUACUGAGUUGGUCGAAGCGGCCAUGCAUUCUUGCAAUGCCCUUCUAUCGAAGCGUGAACGUCCAAGCCACGUCUUUUGGUAAAGCCCACGCUUUCGGCAAAUUUGUCGACGAAACCUUCAUCGCGAACCACCAACUCGGACACCAUCGCCUCACUGAACAGUAG